CUUGCAAACGAUCGAAAGCUAGCGGGAGUUGAACCGAUUCGCACCGCCAUCUUGGAAUAUAACCGUGCUCGAUCAUUGCUAGACCUUUUGUUCAAGGAGGGAACUGUCAGUGCAUGUACACAUACAUACAUUCAAGUUAUAUUUCGCGUGUUUUUUCUACUUUUAAAUUUUAAUCCAACGAAGCAUGGUCUAGAAUUUCAAUCAUAAUUCUCUUAUUUUAUCAUUUGUGACGUAUCUGUCUCUCCUUAGUGAAUUAACGUUUAUAAAAGACGCACGUACGAACUCUAUCCGUUGCAGCCCUUUUCAUUUUACAUUAUUGCGAAAGAAAUACAAGUUACAUGUCCUUCCAAAAUGUUGCUAUAUUAUAGAAUUUCGAUAAAUUCUCUACUGUAGAAAUUACAUUCGGUACGUUUUAAAUAAAUAGAAGUAAAAAGGAAUUUUUAGUGUGUAGAGAAUUAGAAAAUAUAGAACAAGAAAGGUCAUUCGAACGCUUUAGAAACUUUCGAACAGUAAGUAAUAAAGUAUUUGGGAAAAUGGAUUUUAUCUUCAAGUUGCACUUGAUAAUUUCUUAUAUUGAAUAAAAACACAACAAGCAAAAGGUAUUGCACAGUAUCCAAUACAUUAAAUUCCAAGUAGGUUUGGAUAAUGAGGAUAACCUUGAAAAUAUGAGAUUCUCAACAUUGGAAGAACAGGAGUACGGGGUAGGAUUACCUCAGAAACAACUACUUCAUACAAGUGAAACUAUGAUGACUACUACAGAUUCCAUGGAAUUAAAAGAAAAUAAUGUGUUCGAAGAAGGAUCCGUAGUAUCCAAUCUUCCUUUAUUAUUUGCUAACGGACAUCCGAUAUCACUGGAAAAAAUCACAUUAGCACAGUUGGAACGGUUUGUAACAUUCAUGGUUCAGUGUUCAUUAGGACAUGACACUACUGACGUGAUCACUGAACCACGAUGGUGGCCAAAAGAAGUGAAAUUCUCCAAUCCUUUGACAAGACCUAAAAGAAUCAAUGAAAACUGGAUGGCAAAUUUGAAGAAGUUGGUAUUCAGAUGUUAUACAUACCACAGAAGCGAAUAUUUAUUACGAUUUUGUUCUUAUCUUGCCCGUUAUCCACAUGAUGACUUAGAAUAUGUUAAUAAUUGGGAUUCCACAACAAGUCUUUAUCACAAAAGUACUGGAAAAUUAUUAGUCACAUUUCGUAAUGAAAACAUGAAUUAUGACAAAAAAUAUGAGAGUCCGCGGAAAAAAUUACUCUCGUGUAAUGGAGUCGCUUCUUGUAAUUCUCAUAAGUUAAAACAACAACAGCAACAGCAUUCCAUUGUAAUGGUGGAACCGUCAUCAGGAGACAUUUAUUUAUGUGACAAUUGCGAUGCUGAAUUUAUUGGCCUAGAAAAGAUGAAGGAACACGAACGUACAUGCGGUGAACAAGAACAAAUUAGAAGUAGCUCACGGCCUGCAACGCCAGAUGUAUUAAUUCCGGAACCUGAGUUGAAGCAAGAUCAAUUUUUAGAAUAUUUUCGAUUAUGUUCGUCAACUACAAAAUCAGUAUCGAUUGAAACGAAUAAAGAUAUAACAACUAAUAACAAUACCGGUGAACGAAGCUCACGUCGUGUCCGUGGUUCUAUUAACUUCGCAAGGUGUUCAAGUAUUCCUUUUUCAUCUCCUGCUGGAAUAUUAUUAGCUAAAAAAUCAAAAGCCAUGACUGAAGAUACCCAGCAAGAAAGAUUAGAGAGGAUAGAAAGACAUCUUGUCGCUCCUGUUUUGAAUAAUGCAUGUAAACCUAAAUGGUUGGAAACGGAGUUUGACAAUGAUAGAUGGAUUGUUACUUACAAACCGAACAAAGAAAAAGUAAUAGAUAAUUAUGUGCACCAAUAUCAGUUUGUAAAUACUGUUAAAAAAAAGCCAAUGUUAAGUAUACAUUCACAAUUGUUAUACCUAGCUUGCCGACCUGUAUGUGUUCUCUUGACACGGCUGACGCAAGAAGAUAUGAAUGAUUUGAAACGAAAGCCAUUGAAAUACAAGCAUGUUGAUCAGAAGAUGUCAAUCGACAAUGAGGAUCCAGUAAUAAAAACGAUAGAAAAUGUUACGCCCAACGUCUCCUCGAAACGCAAAGCACCAAGCGAUGAAAACGAUCCGAAUUCAAUGGAGAAAGACGAUGAGAUAUUUAGUAACGAGGCAAGUGUUGGAAAUUUAUCUCUUUCUGGAGUCACAGAAUGCUGUGACAAAAGCAAUGUAAUUGUAGUAGACAAAUCAAUAAAAGAAACAACUUUCUGCACAAAUACGUCGAACAGGGUUACAGUCAUCGACCUUUGUUCAUCGGACGAGGAAGAAAAUUCAAUUACAUCUGCACUCUCAGAUGAAAAUAGGGAUCCUCUGAAGUAUAUCGCCGAUGAUGUGACAAAAUCUUUGUUACAGAACUUUUCAUCGACAAAACAUCAAUUAUCAACCCGCCCAACGGAUCAGUUAGGCGGAUGGUUAAGUGAUAAUAUCAUAAACAGUGGUAGCGAAACUUGCACAAGCAAGUACCGUAGUACAAUAUUUAAUGCGCGUACAAAUAUGUCUCCAAUACUCAGACCAGCACCUUAAAGUCUCAGUAAUUUGGUGCAUAAUGUUCACUGUGCGCGCGUUACAUUUGUUACAAUAUUUAUUGUUUCUAUUUUACACGAUCAUUGAACAUUUAAUAAUUACAUAAUACACGCAAUUCUAUCAUUUGCAGUGCAUUGUAAAGCCUUAUGAGAACCCUUACUAACGUUUGUAACACACGAAACCAGUUUCGGUAUUUUCAGUUCGUAAGUGUCUAAUCUAUACAAUAAAGAAUUGUGUGCACUUUUUAUACUUCAUGUAAUGUUACAAAAAAAAAAGAAGAAAAAAGAAAGAAAAAGAAGGAAAAGAAUAAAAUUAAAUUUCGAACUGUUCACUUAUUUGUAAUCGAGAUUGUUCCUGCAAUUCGUUACACGUUACGUUAAAAAUUUGUGUUUUGUAUUGUGGAACGACGUUUUCUGCCUUAAUAUGAUAACUUUAACAACUUCGUUUAAUUUAAGAACACAUUUAUAUGUAGGAAAGAAACAAAUAAAUCACAUUUUUAUUCUUGUUUUUUCUUCUUUGGUUUGACAAUCAUUUUCUUUAAGGAGGAAAAUAAUUUUUCUUUCCAAUCCAUUUCGAUUUUCUUUAAAACUAAUCUUUUGGUUGAGAUAUUGUGAAGCGGACCGAACGCAAGAGCAACUGCUGUACACGCUAAGCAAAUUACGUUAUAUGGCAUGCUGAAGUCAGGCGUAGGCAGGCUGACGAGUAACGAUUCUGUUCUUAGUUGUACCAAAUAUCCGGGUCUUGAAGCAUUAAAGCUAAAAAUGUAAUUGCAUUGUUAAUAAAACCUAAUCGAAUUAUGUAUAUAGUGCUCCGAAUUAAAAUUUUCAUGUACAACCUGGAUGUUAUAGUACUUCCAUCGAGUGGUAGGGCAGUGUAAUUUCUUGCGACGGGAAGUAAAGCAGUAAUGAUGGCUGAACCCAUAUAAAAUCCGUGAUUGGCAUCUGGUGGAUAUUCUUGCCAUUUAAGAAAUGAAUAGUCCAUUUCUAUAGAAAAUUUCGUUACUGAUUGUGGUGGUAAACGCAAAAUCAUUUCUAGAUAAUACGGACUUUUCCUUUCUUUGCCAGGCAGAUAACGCUGAGCCACUGAAAUACACAAUCACGGUUGACGAAAACGCUAAAAGGAAUGUGGCGUGUUUUAUAGAUUAUUACUUACAUGGAAUAAUACGUUGUCCUCCGCAAGUUAUUGUAACAGUAUGAAAAUAUACUGGCAAAUACCAUGGAAUAUUUUCUAAGAGAACUACGUCCAACGAUUGCCAGUAAUUAUUGUAAAGUUUUGUCACCAAACUACCCCUUUCUUGUCCAUACCCUAUACAAGAAAAUUAUUCUAGUUCGUCUAAAGACAUUUAAUUAUAAUUUACCAUUUUAUACGUACCGAUAAUAUAUCUAUUUGCAAACAAAAUUGAUGGAUAAUUUAAACUAACUUUAAUACCAGCGGUAUGCGUGACUUCAAUAUUAAAUAUUCGUUGCGCGGAGUAAGAUCUAAUAUCAUAUACAGCGAUUUCGUUUAAUUGACCGCCUCGAAGGCUAGUAAUUUUAGCACUUGGGGCAGGUGUUAAUCGGUAAACUUGGUUAGUAUUAUUAUUCGAUACAUCGACGUACACAUUGCUCAAUGAAGCAAGUGGACACGCCCCUUUAAUUCCAAUUCCAAAAAAUUUACGCACUGACCAAUUCUAUAAGGAUAAAUUGCAUGAAAAUAACGAAUAUUUCAAAUUUAUGAAAGUUUAACAAAAAAAUUACCUGAGAUGUAUCUACCAUAGUAUCAUAUAUCAGUGAAACAGUCUGUCGUAGUUCUAAUGAUGCUUUUGUGCAGAUCGCAUUUGAACAUAUCACACGGAAGUGAACUCCAAUGGAAUGAUAAUUUGUAUUAUGAAUAUAUGCAGAAUUUAAUAAUGUUGCUAAACCUUUCUAUUGGAAAGGAAUAACAUAUGAAUAUUUUCUUUUUCAACCUAAAAGUGAUCUUACCUACAACUUAUGUGCAUACCUUAGAAUCGCAUGGUAAUAAUUUCUUGAAGGGCGUUAAAUUUUCUGUACAAACUAUUUCUCUAGGUAAAGAUGAAUAGCGUAAAUGACUAGAAUUAACGUUAUUAUUCUCUACAACACCACUAGGCCGGAAUGUGAACUCAGGAGACAUACUAUUCGAUGGAUUAACGAAAUUUAGAGAGGCACAAAACAGUCCAGCUAAUGCAUUUGUCAAACCUUUCCAUUCAUUGUCAACGCUAAGAAUACAACAAAUCAUUUUAUUUUGAAAAUAAUGUAUUAUAUUGUAUAAAGUGGUAUCUUACUUGAUAACAUCUUUAUGAAACCAUGUGGUUAUUUCAGCACCAGGACCUGCAUCAUGAUAGGGGUACCCC